AGUGUUUUCUUCAUCAUUUUUGGGAAUUUGCUCUUUUACUUUUGGGUAAUUGCGGCCAUUUCAUGGCCUACAUCUGUUUGAGAAGUAAAAGUGCAGUAUGAUCUAAAGUGUUGAGUAGGCUCUGUACUCCAAAUAUAUGUAUAUAUAUAUUAUUGUCAGGCGAGGGAAUAUGAUGAUAAACCUCUAAUUAGAAGGAGAUCACACGGGUUCCAAAAGAGGGGUUAUGGCUAUGAUGCUAAUAUUGAUUAGCGUACUUGAUGAUUAACAAUUUAUACAUGCCCUUGCCCUCUCCAGCUCCAGUACUAAUGUGGUUGAUUAGCCGACCAAAUUUUAUUCUCAUAUUUUUAUCUUUUAUAUUUCUUCUUAUUUAUACAGGAUGAUGAUAUUAGUCUUAAUUUUUAGUGCUGUGCAAAUGUCAACCGAAAUUUUAAACCAUUGUGCCUUAGAUAACUGUUUGUUGUCCAUAACUUUUCAGUGUUUAGUAGGCUCUAUACUCCAAAUGUCUCUGUGUGUGUGUGUGUGUGUGUGAUGAUAAACCUAUAAUUAUAAGGAGAUCACAUGGGUUCCAAAAGAAGGAUUAUGGCCAUGAUGCUAAUAUUGAUUAAGUGUGCUUGAUGAUUAACAAUUUAUGUAUGCCCUUGCCCUCUCCAGCUCCAAUACUACAAGAUCAGAUAUAAAGUUGAUUAGUCAACCACAUUUUAUUCUCAAAUUUUUAUCUUUUAUAUUUCUUCUUAUGUAUACAGGAUGAUAAUAUUAAUCUUAAUCUUUACUACUGUGCAAAUGUUAGCUGAAAUUUUAAACCAUUUUGUCUAAGAUAAUUGUUUAUUGUCCAUAUUCAUGUGAGAUUUAACAAAGUUUCACAUUGGCUGUCAAGACCCUCCUCCUUUAUCCGGGUUUGCAGCCAACUGUAAAACAUAGGUGACAGUAUAGCGGGGGAGGCUAAAGUCCAUAAUGAUUAUGUAUUGUUGAUUGCUUCCACACACUGGCAACUCCUAGGACUGGCUGAUGGCUUUAUAUAAUGAAGAAGAGAAAACUGAGGAUUACCUUUUCAAGAUUGUUUUAAUUGGUGACUCAGCUGUUGGGAAAUCAAAUUUGCUUGCCAGAUUUGCCAGGGAUGAGUUUUAUUCUAGUUCUAAGUCGACUAUAGGGGUAGAGUUCCAAACUCAGAAGAUGGAUAUCAAUGGAAAGGAAAUUAAAGCACAAAUUUGGGACACGGCUGGGCAGGAGAGAUUCAGAGCUGUCACAUCUGCAUAUUAUAGGGGUGCAGUUGGAGCACUUUUGGUGUAUGAUAUUAGCAGGCGCCAAACAUUUGAUAGCAUUGGCAGAUGGCUUAAUGAACUUCACACUCAUUCUGAUAUGAAUGUUGUCACGAUACUUGUUGGGAACAAGUCAGAUCUCAAGGAUGCCAGGGAGGUGUCUACUGCUGAAGGCAAGGCCUUAGCUGAGGCGGAGGGUUUGUUCUUCAUGGAGACAUCAGCCCUUGAUUCAUCGAACGUAGCUGCUGCUUUCCAGACAGUUGUGAAGGAGAUAUACAACAUUUUGAGUCGGAAGGUUAUGAAAUCUCAAGAGCUGCAGAAACAAGAUGCUGCCGCUAUUGGGAAUGGAAAGACUGUUGUUCUCCAAGGGGAAGAGAACUCGGAAGCAGUUGUGGAGUCAAAGAAGGGUUGUUGCUCGUCAUAAGGUUUGAUUUCAUGGAAGGCUCAAGACUCCUCUUCCUUUUCCCCCAUUUUUAAUUGAUAUGAUUAUUCAACGAACGAUUAAUAUGCAAUAUUAGUACUGAAGACCGAGAGAUUCAGAAUAGAAAUUGUAAAUGGCGUGAAGGACAGUUACAGAAAUGAUAAGACUUGAGAGAUUUUGAUUUUGAUCUUUUUAUAAACAAAAAAGAUAAAUCCGAUGUUUGAAUUUUGACAACAUUCUUUUAUGUUGCUUGCUGGGGUUUCAAAAUGUUUCAGAGGCAUUUUGAAAAGUA